AUGGCGUCCUCUGCUACAACUUGUUCAUCUGUUCUUCAUCUUCUUCACAAUGAUACCUCAACCUCAUCGUUAUUAUCUUCAAAGGGAAUGCAUCUUCGUUCCUCAUCACUUUCCCUUCUAUCUCCACGUAGAACUUCAUCUCCAUCUCCCAUGAUCCAAUUUUCCCCAAAAGGUUUUGGUUCAGGUUCAGCAAAUCCACUGUUUGUUGCGACAGCAGAGAAGAAGAAAUCGCCAUUUCAAACAGAAGCUGUUCGUCAAUUAACCGGUUCUGUGACCAAGACUGAGGGUUUCCGUUUUGCUAUUGUCAUAGCAAAGUUUAAUGAAAUCGUUACAAGGCCUUUGAUGGAGGGUGCUUUGGACACAUUCCAGAAAUAUUCAGUCAGGGAAGAAGAUGUUGAUGUGGUGUGGGUUCCUGGUUGUUUUGAGAUUGGUUUAGUUGCUGAAAAGCUUGGAAAGUCAGGGAAAUACAAUGGAAUCGUGUGUAUAGGAGCUGUGGUAAGAGGUGAUACCACCCACUAUGAGGAGGUUGCUAAUUCAACUGCAUCUGGAGUCCUUUCUGCUGGACUUAAUUCAGGUGUUCCCUGCAUAUUUGGAGUCUUGACAUGUGAAAACAUGGAUCAGGCCUUGAAUCGUGCUGGUGGUAAAGUAGGGAAUAAGGGUUCUGAGGCAGCUUUGACUGCUAUUGAGAUGGCAUCUUUGUUUGGGCAUCAUUUGAAGGAGUAA